GCAAAGAACUGCCUGCGUCUGCCUCGUCCCGCCGUCCUUGCACGCUUGCACUGCGGAAGAUGAGGUGUCAGAAUUAUUGUUUUUAGAGUGCGUCGCGAUUGCAGCGUCCGGUGCGUUCUGGACGGUCUUUAGAGCUUGAACGCUUGCAUAACAACCCUUGUUUCAGCUGAACAAAUGUGAAGUUCCUAGCUUUGCAGAGAUCCUGUACGUACUUUGUGACUGUAUUGCAUUGCUUACGCCGCUAAGAGGUGAAGUAAAAAAAGAACAGUCGGAAAAUUUUACAGCUAUGAACGAAAGCGACCCGCGAGAUGUUGACGGCGGUGAGAAAGAAAAAGACCAACUGGUCGAAAACGGCAAGAACAAAGUGCCUAUCGAAUGCAAGUAUUGUUCGUCCCGGAUACUCAACGUUGGCGUGUGCGAGUUGGUCAGUACGCAGUACGACCUUCCAACAGUGGAUGGGGACAGCAAGAUGGUCGAGAAGCUAACAGACUUUUGGUGUGUUAAUGACAUCUACACCUUUGAAAACAUUGGAUUCACCAACACUGUUGGUCAAACAAAAUACCUGGCUUGUGCCGACUGUGAACGGGGCCCUGUAGGCUGGCACAGCCUGGAGACGAGGAAAUCAUUUGUGGCACUUUCAAGAGUGCGCCAUCUGUAAAGUCCUUGUUGAACAUCAAAGUCUUAGUUUGGUACAUUUGUAGACACAGAGUGCCUUGGUGACAGUGUGCAUUGUGCCUGAUUCCAUUAGCCUGUGAAGGAAAUACUCCGUCACAGGUUGCUGCCUACCAAAGACAGCUGCAAGUUUUCUGUGCAGCUUGUCAUUUUGAAUCAUUCCCAUUCAUUAACCAAGAUAUUACUGCUUGCUAAAAGAAAUGUCUGGUUACCAGAGUGUCAUUUUGUCCUCUGUAACUGCAGAUCAUACAGCGACAUGGCUUUAUGUGUAAUCAACGUUUUGCCGUUUUGUUUGACAAACAGCUCACAUUGAUAAUAGAAAAUCAUGUUAUGCAGUGUGCUGCUGCUAAUUAGAGAUAAUAGCAAUGAUUUUUUAAUAUGUAUUGCAGACAUAGUAGAUUAACUUAAAAGAGACAGUAUAUAAUUCUUUAUUGCAUGGUAGACAUUGUGCCCAAAAAAUUGCAGUUUUUGUUUGGAGCUUCUUGUGGAUUUUUACUUGUUUUACCAUGUUAAGGAAGUUUUUCCCUCUUCAUUUACAUUGGGUGCACAUGAAACAGUAAUGUGUGUGUGUGUACCUCAACCUUUUGAUGAUAGUGAUAUAUUGAGCAAUACAUAAUAAAGCUUUAUGUUAAAGACUAUAUUUGGUAGUGGCAAGGUUUAAGCUCAUGAGCCAUUGUACUUUUAAGGGUAGUACACAUAUUUUAACCACCAUACGUAUUAUGUUUUUGCAAAUGAAGGUGGUAUAGUCUUUGUUAAAUUAGUCCAGUUGAAUUUAUCCUUUAGCAUUUUGUUACAGUUGUUUCACACGGUGCUCAGUUCUUUUUUUUUUUUUUUUUUCCCUAGAAGAGUUGAUAUGGGACAUGCCUAAAGCAAUAAUGUGCAGGUGCUAGAUAUGUUUCUGUGAACAAAUAUGUGCAUGAUCUGUGUCGUACAUCAAGACAAGGCAUGCGUACAACAGAUCAAAAUAAUGCAUGAGAUUUUAUUUGUUCACACUAUAAAAAUAUGAAUUCUAUUGACUUAAUUGAAAGCUUGGAGACUGUUUUAUGUGUCUUAAAGCCGAGACCUCAUUAUUGAAUUUAGUGUCUUAUUUCUGAUGGUGUUACCAUAGCACUUUAAUGAUUUCAUUGCUCUGGUUGCAGCUAUGUGUCAAUUUUGCACUUCGUUAUUGCACAGCGAAUUGUGUCUCUGUAUAUCAUAGCCUUCAUCUGUCAAGGCAGAAAAUGUCCUUAUUUCUGAAAGGGGGGAAGAUUGAUGAUUUGCCAUGGAGGGGGUGGAUUAAAGUCUUCAAAGGAAUGCUGACAAAGAAACAAACUUUGCAGCCUUCAUGUACUUUGUAAACUUGCUCAUGGCACUCCUAUUACUACCUACCUUGCUGUGCUUAUCACCUCUGUCAUUUUUGGGGCAAAGGACCCUAGGCUAAACCAAUUUCAGUGACUCAAUCAUCAUUGCAUUCUCCAGUGUUUGUCAGACCCUAUGCUUUGAAAACUCUAUCCCUCUGCUUCACUUGGAUGUGUGCCCAAUUGGCCACUGGUAAGGGGCCCUGCAACAUUUUUUUUUUCAACAUUGUAAAUAAACCUGCUUAUUUGCUAAACAA